AUGCAGGCCGCUGAGCUGCCAGUGCACGAGCUCGAGGCUGCUUGCAAAGCGCUGGUGAAGAAGCAGCAGCGGACGAAGGGGCCCAAGCGCCAGAAUGAGAGACGGAAGAAGAGUGAGCCGACAAAACUGAGCGACACUCAAUACAAGAUUUAUGCGCACCGGUACGCGGCAGCGAGACGCAAGCGAAGACCAGUUGACUACGCGCAAAUGCUUGAUGGCAACGAUUUUAAGUCCUUCAAGGGAGACGUGGACGAAUUGGAGGCUCUCGAAGGCGAGGUUGUCGCGAAGCUCAAGGAGGCGUGGGACGAAGAGCGUGCGGAGCAUGCAGACGCUCAAGCUCAGGCGCAAGUUGAUUUGGAAGCGGAGCUGGAAAAGAGCAACCUGCACUGUGACGAGUAUAAGAAGAAGCUUGAAGACCAAGCAGACAAGGCGCGAGCGGAGGAGCUGGAGCAAGAGCUGUCGAACCUGCAGGCGAAUGCGGACCAACUUCGGCAGAAGUUGGAAACGGCGAAAACGGCGUUGGGUUAG